GCCCGUUUUGCCAGCUCAUUUGUGCCGUCGUUUGUUGAAGAAAAUAAAGUGUUGAAAGGAGCUCUAGUCGUCCUUUAGCUUGUGCAAUAUAGAAGUUACGUGAAAAGCUUGCGGGACGAUGGAAGGAAUACUCGUGUUUGACCAGACGAACGAUCUAAUUUACCACACCUUCAACGAGGCAAUGCGUGAGAAGAUGAUAAAACAGGCGUUCGAUUUGGGAUUGCUCGAAGAGGAAACUGUAUGUCCGACGCAGGAACUCAAUUCGAACGUCCUGAUACAGAUCUUUAGCCCGCUGCUGGCAUCGCAACGGAUCAUGAUGUGCCAGUUCGACAACGCGUACACCUCGAUUCAGAUGGAAAACAACCUUAACAUCGUCUUUGACGAGUUUUUAGGAUACGUUUUUCUAGAGAUCUGCACAAAAGAAGUCGACCUGGUUAAGCGAGAGCUUGGGGCAUUUAUUGCAUUCAUUAAGUAUAUUUGUGGACCGAAUAUUUACACGAUAAAAAAUGAUCCAUCAAAAAUCGCAUAUCUUACCGAUUUAAUCGACACUUACCGUGCGCUGUACGCGACCAACCAGGGAGUCCUGAUGAAAGCGAUCGAGCAACUGCUGGUCAACGCGGAUGUCAAGAACACGGUUGUAGCAGCACUGCAAGCGGCAACCGAUCGGUUAAAGCAGGAUCCACACUCCCAACGAAGCCACUCGAUGCUGUUUGUCGGGAGCAAAUUUCUCGCCCGAUACAGCAGCAGGCAGGCACAGGAACUGGCGGCCGUAGAUAUGGUUUUCCUUAAUCUCCUCUGUCAAAUGCUCAGCCGUCGUAGUCAGCGGCGUCGUAUCGAAUCACAGGUGGUGUUUCUACAGGGUAGUGUCCAUCAGUCGCACGCUGGUUGCGUACCCCACGUGGUCCACGUGGUCCAGCUGUUCGAAAACGUGUCGCUAGUGCUUCUGAUCGAGCAUGCUCAUACGGCCCUAGCGAGUCACCUGUACGACGUGUACUUUGCCUUGCACAAGCUUCAAAACCUCCAGAUGCAAUUCGAUCUGGACAAUCUGCGCGGGGCAUUCGAUGCACUUGAUACGUACGUCAAACAUAGCAGCGACUCGCUGAAGAAAGUCAAAUCAAAUAACCCGGAGGUGGACGAAGCAAUCCGAGGGUUUACUGUGAAGUGGGAAACUCUGCGUAAGAAGUACACUGACUACUUCAAGACGUCGGACAACGCGUUGAUCGUGAAAAUCGACUCUAACAUGCCAAUGUUUGUGGAGUCAGUGAAGGACUUGUUCCGAUUGCUGUGCGCGGGCUGUGCCACCCUCGAGCAUGGCCUACAGCGCGUCACAGAUAUUGCUGACACGGCGGAGGACAGCCUCGCGGAGGUGUUUCACUUUCUGCACGCCAAAUCCCAGAAAAACUUCACCAUGGGAUCGUAUAUGGAAGAGUUCCCGGGUAUGGUACAUUUCAUGCACAUCGAUAGAUAUAAUGGGAGAAUAGUUGCUCCAUCCCUUGACGACCAGGAUCCCUCGGAUAUACUCAAAGAUAGGGUUUGGUCGAUGGUGGAUUUUUCCCGCACCUAUCUGGACAAAGGUUACAUGUCGAUGAUCUGGAAGGAUGUUACGUUCAGCUACGCGUAUUUCGUAUGGUUCGAGGACGAGCACGGCACGACCCUGAAGCCGAACGAACCCCCGAACCAUGGCGCUGGGCUACCGGCAACAAAGCCUUCCCUGGUCGCCGGCAUCCUUGCGGGAGACUACUAUCAGCGUUUGAUUGAAACCUGCUUCCCGAGGACACCGUCGAGCAAGGUUCGUUGCUACGAACUGUUUCUCGUGCAUCUCGGACUCGUCACAUCCACGAUCGUGCUUGAGCAUUGCCGCCGGUUAGCCGUUACCAUAACCGAUCUCACUGGAUGCAUCGGGAACCCAAUUGAUCUGCUCUAAAUUGGCAACUUUGAGUUGUACUUCUGAGGAGAUGGAAGAAUAGCAACCCCUCUACACCCGACUCGGUGGGGUUCAAGGCAAAGAUAUACUCAGCGCAGUGGCUGUAGUCAUACUACUAGCCGGCCGUAUGUAGUGUUCUCACCUAGCGUUUAUUUAUUGAAGUAGUCAGUGCUGCCUAGCGGUCAUUACUACUACCACCUCCACCACCACUAGAACCACCAUCGUAUUUAUGUAGUUGAUAUUCUCAUACUCAAACAACCUCCCUCAAUUCCCCUACCACUUUCGCUCAUCGACGUUGUGGCCGCCGUCGUUGCUAUAUUGCGGCACAAAGAAACUGCAACACUAAAACGAACGUUUGUCGCAACGAAAGCUCCACCGAAAACUGCACCAAUGGAUACAGAUACCGAUCGUCUAACCUUUUCCCCAACCCCCUACUAGAUUGUGCUCGUUUCCCUUGGCUACUAACGAACCGUUUGCAUUCCAUUAGUAAGUAGA